GCGGCGGCGGGGGCGACGGCGAGCGGCGACGAAAACGCGGCGCUGACGCAGCCCGACGCCCAGCUCGCGCCGGCGGCGGAGGGCGCGGAGGCGGCGGAGGAAGAAGAAGAAGUGGGGGCGCAGGGGGCGGCGGACGCCCCGCCCGACGCGCCCCGCGCCGACGAGAUCAACCGCCUCAACUCCACCAUCUCCACACUCGCCGACGGCCGGCGCGUCUUCACCUACUUCUGGCGCGGCGGCUACCGUAUGUACCUGCGCCUCUUCCCACGGCGCGCGGGCGUCAACGUGUACGUGCAUGCGGGCCUCACACCAGGCGCCUUCGACCACUUGCUCAGCUGGCCCUUCGCCCUCAAGCUGCGCAUGAGCGUGCUGGAGCAGGCGGCCGGCGCGUCGGAGGACGUGGCGUCGCGAGUGUGGGACGCCGCCGAGCUGUGCUCGGGCUUCAACUGGCAGCGGCCGCUCCAGGGCGACAGCUACGAGUGCGUGGGGCUGGGGCUGCCGCACAACCUGCUGCGCUCGCGCCGCUACGUCUGGCGGGAUUCCGUGCUCAUCAAGCUCUCGGUCUUCUUGUAAAACCUUCUGCGCAGUGUACAAGCGCAGUGUAACAGCGCGCUGCAGUCCGAGUGGCGCACUUGAAUUCCAGCUCCGCACGAAAAUUCGAGUUCUACACUACAUUUCUGGUUCCAGUCUAUAAUCCUAGCUCCGCACAGAAUUUCUAGCUCCGCAUUGCAAACCUAGUUGCGCGCUACAACCUUAGGUGCCCACUUCAAUUCUAGCUGUGUAUUUUAAUCCUAGCUGCGCACUUCAAUCCUGAAUGUACACGUCUAUUCUACCUGGGCGCUUCAGUCCUACCUGCGCAGUUCACUCAUUGCUUCACACUUCAGUUCUAGCUGCGUACUUCAAUCCUAACUGCGAACUUCAAUUCUAACUGUACACAUCAAUUCUAGAUGCACCCAUCAAUUCUAACUACGCACUUCAAUUCUACUAGCGCUAUUCAAUUCUAGCAGCGCACUUCAAUUCUAGCUGCGCACUUUACUUCUAGCUGUGCACUUUACUUCUAGCUGCACACUUCCCUUCUAUAUGCGCACUUCACUUCUAGCUGCGUACGUCAAUUCUAUCUGCGUACUUCAAUUCUAGCCGCCGAUUGUUCAUGAGUUCUGUCCUCGAUCGCAUGGGGACCGCCACUACCUUCUUCCUUCAUUUCAUUUGUGUAGUAUCUUGAACGCACUGCGAAUGCGUUGCGCGUUAUCACAGUGUUGUGGCCACCUCUACCCAUGUCGGGGAUCUAUGGCUUAUCUUUCAACAUGAAAAGAAAACGGUAUUCAGAAAUUGCAUUAGCUUGUCGGCACGCGUAGUGCAUAUACAAUAAUACAAUGCAAGUACAAUAUUUAUGAUAGCAUUUCGGUCCUUUCGUGCAGUUUUAAUUCUCUUUACUCCAGCCUUUAAAUGCCUAUAUCUUUUCUUUAUAGUCCCGAGGAUCGGGAAAAUCGGAAAAGAAAUCGUUUUCCGUGUUCCCAAUGCCUUCUACACCGUAGAGGACACAUUAUGCCUACAGAACCAACGCACUAAUGCGAGAAAUCUCGCAUGUGGAAACCUGACUUCUCCUUUAAUAAAUAGAUCAAUUCCACAUAGAAUUCGAGAUUUUGUCCAUCUUUGACAAUCCUUACCAAGAAAUGGAGGUACCCAGAAAAAAAAGUAACACAAAAAUGCAAUUGAAGAUCCUGAAAGACCUUGCUUUGGAGUUUACGAUGUGAGGAACAUAACAAGAGAGCUCGGACCUACAAGUUCUAAGUGUAUAAAAUGUUCUGUUGUAAUAUAUUCACAGUCGAUUUUCAAGGAAUCUGACCAUUCAUUGGGUCAUGUCUUGCGGAUUGCAUUUACGCGUGUAUGUUUUAUCGGGUUAUUAAGAGAGAAAGGGAACCGAUGCGAGCAUUUUUAGGGGGCUUCAGAAAAAGACGAGGACCAAUAGGUGGGGUGAAAGAAUUGAGGUUUUGUCGGGGAACACUGAAUUUACGAUCUACGCGUCGACAGACUAAACGUUAGACUGUGUCAAACAAUGUGCCUGUCCCCCUGUGAUAGCGGCAAUCCAACAUGCGCUGCAGUUAUACGGGUGGCCUGUAUUUUAGGCUGACAGAGGUAAGGGGAAAUUAAGUCACAAUCGCAGCACUAGGAGUCGUCAGAGAGUGUCAUAUAAUAGAAGAAAGGCGCAAUGGUAAUAAAAUUAAUUAUGACAGUGCUGAUAAAGAUGUAAUCUUUUAUUCUCCAUUACAAUAAUUAUGUUGAUUAUUUUAAAAAAAACUUAUUUGUGAACGUGCCUUAACUUACUCGGCUUGAAGGGUCGCGGGUUCGAAUCCUGCCUCGAUCAUAGACGCCGUAUUCUGGUCUUCUCAACCUGAGAAGUGAAUUUUAUCUUCGUCACACAGCAACACAAUUAUACUGGGAUAUUGCAGGGAAAACUAACAUUAUAAACUUUCCUGACCGGGAUUCGAAUCCGGGGUCCUCUCAAGAAAAGUGAGCACGCUGACUAAUGAGCUAAACCGCCAGACAAACUGAUACAUUGAAAUUGUCAAUUUC